UCUUCAACCGCGCGCAUACACGCAUCAAGCAUCACGCAUCACAUCCACGCUCGCUAUAAGUUCCCAACAAAAAUUACUAUGGAGGUAGAUACGCCAGUUACAACCACGCCGACCGCUCGGGCUACCAAUGCGCCACGUACCGGGCCCUCACCAGCGCCCCGAACUGUGGUUGCAACAACGUCGGCAACUGCACCGGAAACCACGCCGCCCCCUGUACCGGCAACCGCGCCUGCAGCGGUCCUUCAAGCCGCACCUCGCGGUGGCACUCGGCCACCAUCACACCCAUCACGGACGUUGGAGACCCUAAGGUGCCCCAUCUGCCGGCGCCCACAUCGCCUGCACCACUGUGGCAUAUUUCGGGGUAUGCGACCCGUGCAACGGCAGCAAGUUGCCCAGGCCCACGGGCACUGCCGGAAUUGCCUGUCACAUACACAUGUGACUGCAGCGUGUGAGCCACGAGGGCUGUGCCAAAUAUGCCACAGCCCGCAUCACACGCUGCUUCAUCGUAGCGCAGCACGUGAAUUGACUCGACCAGCCAUCCAGCACGGCCGCAUACCCCGAUUCCAACCCGCAUCUCGUGGCGCACCCCAGCGGAGCGGAACUUCAUUGCGGCGUCGACAGCCUGGGCCACCACCUCGUCGGUCUACGGGGCUGAGCAGCGUUGUGGCAACGCUGCAACAGUUGCAGCGUCUUUUGGGCUAAACCAUCGUUUAGGGGGGCCUGGAUGGUUAAAUGAGCUUCUGCGCCCCCCUCUAAUUCUAACACAACACACCACAUCUUCACACCAUCCAUAUCAUCCACACAUCAUACUCAACAGAUCUACAUACACCAUAUUCAUCAUCCACACCUCACACUCAACACACCUGCAUCAUACACCACACACGAGGACAUCGGACAUAAUUAACAAAAGGGACCGACGGACGGAGACCGGCACUUUUUCGUUCUCUAUCCGUGCGC